GCAAGCAUGCGACCAGACAAAAGAGACAGGAACAUAAAUACCGCGAUGGUCUCGCCUGCUUUCAACAACAGAACACUCCAUCCUGGUCUGUCAUUGAAUCACCCGCUGCGAAUUCAGCUUCCGAGGGCCUUACGAGCAGCAACAUUAUCAUGCGUGCUCAACUCUUGACAGCAUUGCUCGCGGGUGCCACCGCAUGGAUACAUGGUGCCGUAGCGCAGAAUAUCACGGUCUACGGCCCGGGAGAACUGAGCACCGACGUCGCCGCCAGCUUUCUGGACUGCCUGAACACUACCGGCACCGACUACCGGCUCCUUGUCGAUGACGGCUGGACGGUUGUGCUUCCCGUCGGCAACCGGACGAUCGAACUCGAAGGUGUGGAUGGGCCACUCUACAACUGCCUGACGAUGCCGGACAUAAUGUCCGGGAUGCAGGUGGCAGCCGAAGACACCACCGAGUACGAUGUGGCCCACCAUAGCAGCAUCCAGGCCGGUGCGGCCUCCUACGCUUGGCUCGUCGACCGGGGCGCGCAGGGCAAACAGGUGAUAGGAAGCCGGGCGGCUCCCACCACCAGCAGCUCGGAGGAUGGGCUGGCGCGGCGGGCAGACGGCCUGGAUAAACGGACGCACUAUCACUACUACGCCUACCUCUCGGACUACUCCUCCUGCACCAGUGAGGAUCUGUAUGUCCGGUUCGGAAGCACCUGCUACAACCACGCGUCCGCCUAUGCCAGUGUGCAAUUCGAAAACGCCUUCUCCGCCAAGAUCUUGACCAUGAAGAUCUGGCCGCACCAUAGCUGCUCCAAGGGGAACGUGAGAAAGUUCACCGUGGGGCCCCUCUCCUUGAGCAGCUGCCAUACGAGGACGACCUAUUCUUACCACGGUCACUAUGCCACCUGCAGCUGCUAGACGGUCUGCAGGAAUGGUGGCUGGCAUUCAGUAAGGGAGGCUUCCGGGUCUCAAGGCAUGUUGCGAGAAUAGUCGCAAAGACUUUUGUCUGUACCUAGACAGUAUCUCUGCUAGUUGCUCUAAGCACAUGUAAUCAUGAUUAGCCUCUUCUUUGUUU